CCGUCGGGGGCCGUCGGGGGCGCAGGCGCAGCACGAUGAAGCUCCUCAAGCCCACCUGGGUCAACCACAACGGAAAGCCGAUCUUCUCGGUGGACAUUCACCCUGAUGGCACCAAGUUCGCCACCGGAGGGCAAGGCCAGGACUCGGGCAAGGUGGUCAUCUGGAGCCUGGGCCCCGUCCUCAAGGAGGAGGAAGAGAAGGACGAGAACAUCCCCAAGAUGCUGUGCCAGAUGGACAACCACCUGGCCUGCGUCAAUUGCGUGCGCUGGUCCCACAGCGGCGCGUGCCUGGCCUCCGGCGGCGAUGACAAGCUCAUCAUGGUGUGGACCCGCACCACGCUCAUGGGCCCCAGCACCGUGUUCGGGUCCAGCAGCAAAGUGGCCAACGUAGAGCAGUGGCGCUGCGUGUCCAUCCUCCGCAGCCACUCGGGCGAUGUGAUGGACGUGGCCUGGUCCCCCCACGACGCCUGGCUGGCCUCCUGCAGCGUGGACAACACCGUCGUCAUCUGGAACGCCGUCAAGUUCCCAGAGAUCCUGGCCACGCUCCGGGGCCACUCGGGCCUGGUGAAGGGACUGACGUGGGACCCGGUGGGCAAGUACAUCGCCUCGCAGGCGGACGACCGCAGCCUCAAGGUGUGGCGGACGCUGGACUGGCAGCUGGAGGCCAGCAUCACCGAGCCCUUCGACGAGUGCGGGGGCACCACGCACGUCCUGCGGCUCAGCUGGUCGCCCGACGGCCACUACCUCGUCUCCGCCCACGCCAUGAACAACUCGGGGCCCACCGCCCAGAUCAUCGAGCGUGACGGCUGGAAGACCAACAUGGACUUCGUGGGUCACCGCAAAGCCGUGACCGUGGUGAAGUUCAACCCAAAGAUCUUCAAGAAGAAGCAGAGGAACGGCAGCCCUCCCAAGCCCAGCUGCCCUUACUGCUGCUGCGCCGUCGGGAGCAAAGACCGCUCGCUGUCCGUCUGGCUCACCUGCCUGAAGCGCCCUUUGGUGGUUAUCCACGAGCUGUUCGACAAGUCCAUCAUGGACAUCUCCUGGACCCUGAACGGCCUGGGCAUCUUGGUGUGCUCGAUGGACGGCUCCGUGGCCUUCUUGGGCUUCUCCCAGGACGAGCUGGGCGACCCGCUCAGCGAGGAGGAGAAGAGCAACAUCCACCAGUCGACGUACGGGAAGAGCCUGGCCAUCGUGACGGAGGCCCAGCUCCCCACCACCAUCAUCGAGAACCCCGAGAUGCUCAAGUACCAGCAGCAGCAGCAGCAGCGGCGCCGCCGGCAGCCCGCGGCCGAGCGGGGGGUCGCCGCCCCGGACGAGACGGCGGCCCCCAAGGCGGCCGGCGUGGUCAACGGCGAGAGCCUGGAGGACAUCAGGAAGAACCUCCUGAAGAAGCAGGUGGAGACGCGGACGGCGGACGGCCGGAGAAGGAUCACCCCUCUCUGCAUCGCUCAGCUGGACACCGGGGACUUCUCCACGGCGUUCUUCAAUAGCAUCCCGCUGUCGGGCUCGCUGGCGGGCUCCAUGCUGUCGGCGCAGAGCGGCCAGCAGCUGCUGGCCCUGGACCCGGGCGUGGCCGGCGCCCUCGGCACUUACAAGCCCCCCCUCGAGCCCGCGGCGGCCAGGCCGGCGGGCGACGCGGCCGGCAGGGACGGCGCCGACGCUACCCCGGCCUCGGCCGCCCCCGCGGCCCCCGCCGGCCUCGGCACCCCGGCCAAGAUCGAGCCGAUGAAGGCGUUCGACUCCCGCUUCACCGAGCGCUCCAAGCCCACGGCGGGACCCGCGGCCGGGAGCGGCGGCAACCAGGCGGCGCCGGACAGGUUGAAAGAGCAGGCGCCGGCCAAGGAGGCCAAGGCCAGGGACGUCCUGGAGAGCAGCAGCGACAGCGAGGACAGGAUCCCGCCCGCCCGGCCCUCCGCCCCGCCCAAGCGCAAGCUGGACCUGGAGGCCGAGACGGUGGAGAAGAAGAAGAAGGGCCGCCCGCGCAAGGAUCCCCGCCUGGUGCCCGUGGCCCUCUCGGUCCAGUGUCCGGCGGCCCAGAGCGUGGACAAGGACGGCGCGGGCGCCGCGGCCCCGCCCCCGCCCCUCAUCCUGCCCGCCCCCGCCCCGCAGAGGUCCUUCUCGCUGCAGGUGAGCGCCGACCCGUCCGUCUACCUGGAGGUGGAGAACGAGGUGGCCGGCGUGGGCGGGGCCCGGCUGAGCCGCCUCAAGUGCACGCGCGAAGGGCGCGGCUGGGAGAACGUGCUCCCCGGCCGCGUCCUCACCGCCGCCGGCAGCUGCGAGGUGGUGUGCGUGGCCUGCGAGAGGCGGACCCUGUCGGUGUUCUCCGCCUGCGGCCGCCGCCUCCUGCCCCCGAUGGUCCUGCCCUCCCCGGUCUCCACGCUGCACUGCACGGGCUCCUACGUCAUGGCGCUGACCACCGCCGCCACCCUGUCCGUCUGGGACGUCCACAAGCAGGUGGCCGUGGUGAAGGACGAAUCCGUGCAGACCAUCUUAUCGGGCGGCGACGCCACGGUGUCGCAGACUCUGCUGACGCAGCACGGCAUCCCCGUGAUGAACCUGUCGGACGGGAAGGCCUACUGCUUCAACCCCUCGCUGGCCACCUGGAACCUGGUGUCGGACAAGCAGGACUGGCUGGCGCUGUGCGCCGACUUCCGGACCGGCCGCGCCUCCCAGGAGGCCAUGCUGUGCGCCGGGCCCCUCGCCAUCAUCCAGGGACGCACGGCCAAUUCAGGCCGCCAGGCCGCCAGGCUGUUCGGGACGCCCCACCUGGUGCAGCAGGAGACCACCCUGGCCUACCUGGAGACCCAGGUGGCGGCCGCCCUCAUGCUCCAGUCCAGCCACGAGUACCGCCACUGGCUCCUCGUCUACGCGCGCUACCUGGUCAACGAAGGGUUUGAGUGCCGCCUGCGAGAACUGUGCACGGACCUGCUGGGCCCCGUCCAUCACUCGGCCGGCAGCCAGUGGGAGUCGACGGUGGUGGGCCUGCGGAAGAGGGGGCUCCUCGAAGAGCUGCUCCCCGUCAUCGGCCAGAACCUGCGCCUGCAGCGGCUUUUCACCGAGUUCCAGGAGCAGCUGGACCUGCUGACGGACAAAUAGCCGCCACCCCGGGUCUCCCGUCGUCCCGGAUCAACCCGCCGCGGGCCGCCUCCGGCCCGGGCCCCGGCGGGGGAGGC